AUGUCGGUCCACACCGGCGAGAAGCCAUUUAUGUGUUCCCUCUGCGGUAAGAGGUUCUCUCGAAAUGCCCAUCUCAGGCAGCACCUGAUCUCCCACACGGGUGAGAAAGCGUUCAGUUGUUUCUUUUGUGGAAAAAGAUUCGCAGACCGGAGCUCUCUGAAACGCCACCUGACCGUCCACACGGGGGAGAAACAGUUUAACUGUUCCCUCUGUGAGAAGAGAUUCUCUCUGAAGCAACAUCUGAAGCGCCACCUGCUCGUCCACACGGGGGAGAAGUUGUACGCCUGUUCGGUGUGUGAGAGAAGAUUCGCUGACCCUAGUAGUCUCAGACGACACUUUACGGUCCACUUUGCAGACGUAGUUCCUCAGCCGACUCUGGACCAGCAGAAUGAAAACACCGCCGGGAACACACGCUGA